AUGGAUACACUUUUAACACAACUAGAUGCCCUCGUCCUCAAGCCUGAGCUUGCUCCAUUCUUAUCGCUACUCAAGGGCGCUCGUAAUGGCAUCGUCUAUGGAUCGAAGGUGCGGUUUCCGCAUGCGCUGGUAUUCCGGGAAAAGGCCAAGCUCGUCCUCAACGCAACGCGCCAGCAUGCGCGCAAUCUUUCCACAUUUGCAAUCGUUUACAAAGCCUCGAUGAUCAUUCUCAGGAAUAUCAAUCCAUCAGGCGUCGGGAAAGAGGGACGGUACGAUAGCUUUGUUGCUGGUUUGCUGGGUGGAUAUACAGUCUUCGGACGCCAACCGGGGAGUGUCAGCCAGCAGAUUGUCAUCUACGUUUUCGCCCGUGUGAUGCUCUCUCUAGCCAAGCUCGCCGUCGAGCCUAACAUGCACCCCCUCUCCCCUCUUGUUACUCCUGAGGCACGCGCCAAAAUCUACGAAUAUGCCUGGCCUGCAUUCGCCAGUUUCACUUGGGCGUUCGUCAUGUACAUCUUUCGAUGGUACCCGGAUACCCUGGUGUCCAGUUUGCGUAGUAGCAUGGUCUAUAUCUACGCGGACUCGGACCAUUGGGACUCGUUCCGAAAUUUGUUCAUACACAACAAAUAA